CUUCCUGCUGUCGCUUCCGGCGCUGCGGGGGUCCUGGUUAAAAAAUAAAAAAAAAUGGCGGCGGCAGCGGCGGGGUCCCGGAUUUCUGGGCUGCUAGGUCGGUUCCGGCCACGGCUGGCGCGGCCCAUGUCGAGUGGCGCCCAUGGCGAGGAGGGCUCAGCUCGCAUGUGGAAGGCCCUCACCUACUUCGUCGCGCUCCCCGGGGUGGGAGUGAGCAUGCUGAACGUCUUCCUGAAGUCGCAUCACGGGGAGCACGAGAGACCCGAGUUCAUCGCCUACCCGCAUCUCCGCAUCAGGUCCAAGCGUUUUCCUUGGGGAGAUGGUGACCAUACUCUAUUCCAUAAUCCUCAAGUGAAUCCACUUCCGACUGGCUAUGAGGAUGAAUGAAGAGAACCUGGACCACUACCCAGUGGGGACCACAGCACUGGUUUGGACCAUUAUACUCUGCACACGGACCAGAAAAGUGUAUGGGACCUUAAGCUGACCUUUUCCUGUAUCAAAUGAUGACCAGUAUACUUAUCUUCCAUCCUUUUGCUUAUGGCAAGAGAUGGCUUAAAUAAAUAACUUAGAUUGGUCAUGA